AACCUUUCCGUGCACAUGUCAACAAUUCGACAGCUAAAAUUAUGUAUAAAAGUACCUAUUUUCCCCCAGGAGCCACUGCCGUACUACUACGACUACAACGUACAUGACGGCUACAAGGGCACCAACUUCGGCCAGCACGAGAAGUCCGACGGUAAAAAUGUGUACGGCUCCUACACCGUCGACCUCCCCGACGGUCGCAAACAAAGGGUGGACUACACAGCUGACCACUACAGGGGCUACGUGGCCAAGGUCAGCUACUACGGCAAGGCUCAGCACCCUAAGCACUACGGCCCCGCCGUCACCUUCUUCAACAAGGGCUACGGCCACGGAGGCGGAUACCACUGACGACUCGGAAAUACCAUCACGAACUGUCAAUAAUGCACAGUUGUUUGAUAAAUAAAGAAUAAAUAUCAA